GCGGCAGCCGGAGAGGCGCGUGCAGAUCGUGUAGCUAUGGCAGGACUGAGGGCUCUCUUGGUGCUGCUGGCCGCAGCCCUGAUGCUCGCCGGGGCCGUGCAGGGCGACGAGGACCGCCCGCGGCUCCUGGGGGCCCCGGUGCCCGUUUCUGAGAACGACGAGGGCCUGCAGCAGGCGCUGCACUUCGCCAUGGCGGAGUACAACAGGGCCAGCAACGACAUGUACUCCAGCCGGGUGGUGCGGGUCAUCAGCGCCCGCAGGCAGAUUGUGGCUGGAAUCAAGUACACCAUGGAAGUUGAGAUUGGCCGGACAACUUGCACAAAGCCAGCAACUGAUCUCAAGAGCUGUGCUUUCCAUGAUGCACCCCAGCUGGCUAAGUACACCACUUGUGAGUUCACAGUGUACAGUAUUCCUUGGCUAAACGAGAUUAAACUGCUGAAAAGUAGCUGCCAAUAAGCCUGCCUUGGUUCCAGCAGAGACCAGCAACCAGCUGCUCGGAUGUAAGAGGAAGAAAACAAAUGCAAUAACACCAAUUGAGAUGGGCUUUAUCAAUGCCUGUUAACUACUUGCAUAUGCUUGUUCUAUGCAGGGUAACCUAUGUAACUUUCCUUUAAAGCACAGUAUGAUCUCAACCUUGUCCUAUUGUAAUUACACUUUAGAGCAGCUGUUUUAGUCUUUCUACAGCAUUCCCUGUAAUUCACAACAUCAGAAUUGAGAUUAAAAAACCAACUUGGUAUCCCUGUUAAGUGACUACUGUAAACAUAAACAUUUAAUUAGUAAUUGC